AUGGCCUCUUCCAGGAGUUUUUCUGAGGAGCAAUUCCAGGAGGCUUGCGCGGAACUUCAGAAUCCCGGGCUGUUAGGCUGGAAUCGGCAGAUGGAAUCCAGGGGACUUACCGUCUACCGGAAGCUAAACAGGCCGACUGGACUUUAUGAAUAUAAGCUCAUUGGUACUCUGAGAGCUCCACCAGAUCUACUUGCAGAUAUCUGUAUGGAUUUAGGCUAUAUAAGACGGCAGAUCCCACAGGUUACAGAAACCUAUGAAACAGAAUGCAAUGGAGAAACAGUGAUCUACAUGAAAAUGGAGUUCCCUUUUUUAUUGGCCGCAAGAGAUUGCGUCUAUGUGCGGCAGCGGCGAGAACUGGACUUCAGGGGGCAGAAGGUUCAGGUGGUCCUGGCCAAGACCACCUCGGUGCCACAGUUCCCAGAGAGAUCAGACUUCAUCCGUGUGAGGCAGUGCCAGGUGAAGCUGGCCGUGCAGAGCAACGGCAGUAACCAGAGCAAAGUGUUCAUUUACUGCUUCAUAAACCCUGGUGGCUGGAUUCCAUCCUGGAUCAUCAACUUGGUUGCCAAGAAUGAAAUUCCUGGCUUCCUUGCUAACCUGGAGGAUGCCUGCCUGAGGUGCCAGAGGAGAACCUGAGAGAUUUGGGAGCUUUUUGUUUAUGAAUGAUGUUCCUGGAAGUGCCACAACUACUGAUGCUCAGUAUAUCUGUCAUUUUUCCAUCUCAGAAGCCUGCACUCUCCCCAGAACCUUGUGCCCAAGUGUGCCAGCCUGAUACCUAGCUUCCUUUCCCAUCCUCCCCACUCUGGGACACACCGCCUUGUUUCACUGUAGAAUGUGGGUCAGAUUCAGAAAACCCUUGCUUGUUUAUUUUUUAAAAGAGG